AUUCAGAACACGGCUGGCUGCCGGGGUUACGAUAGGCAGAAUAACAUAGUGAAAUCAUUCAUCCCAAAAUAUUAACCAUGUGAUGGAGGAUUAAAUUACCAAAGAGGAGUUUUCAUCAUGAGGACGAAGCUUUCGAAUAGACAGCCUACUCGAUAUUGGGGAAAUAUGUAGUAGACUACGAACGGAACGGAAUGCAUAGCAGAGGUCAGCUGUGGGAGUCAGUCGCCCCCGCAGUUUUCUGAGCAAAGGAUGAAGUUACAGAGGAGGAAGCCAAACGGUGAAUAUUCCACUACGGGCAACUAGCAAACUACAUUGUAUCCUUUAUAUGGAUGUACGGGAGUGGAUAUUGGUACAGCAACAUGUUUGUUAUAGCAAACCUGGGUUAUUGACAAAGGCUAAGUAAAUCAUCACGGGCUGCCAUCUGCCAGGACCCCCACUUUUGAAUUGAACAAUGACUGGACCCAACGCCACUAGCACUAGUUCACCUGCAGCUAAAAUGGGGAGGCACCGAUCCAAAAGCACCAGUGGCAGUACGUACUGCAUCUCGAGCCCAGGUGCUGAAUCUGCCUCCCUUAGCACCCCCAACAACGCUGGACGUUCUUCGGGAGAGGAAGAGGAGAAAGAUGGGGGGGUGCUAUUUUACGUGAACAGAACUGGUUUUCCCAUUGACGGUGUUACUUGGGAGAGGAUGUGGACUCAUGUGGCCAAAGUACACCCUGAUGGACAAGACAUUAGCAAGAUAAGGAAUGCUGCAUACCUUCCUAAACACCCUGUGCCAUCGGUCCCCAACUUCAAGCCCACCAUGUCUGUCCCUGAUUGGCUGCUGGCCAUCCAGAACUAUAUGAAGACACUGCAAUACAAUCACACAGGAACUCAGUUCUUUGAGAUAAGGAAAACUAGACCAUUGUGUGGGUUGAUGGAGACUGCGAGGGAAAUGAUCAGGGAAUCUCUUCCAAUCAAAUGCCUUGAAGCUGUCAUCCUUGGAAUCUACCUGACCAAUGGGCUGACCUCGGUGGAGCGUUUUCCCAUCAGCUUCAAGACCCAGUUCUCAGGUAACCACUUCCACCACGUGGUGCUGGGCGUCUACUGCAACGGACGCUAUGGCACACUGGGCAUGAGUCGCCGCCAAGACCUCAUGGACAAGGCCCUGACCUUCCGCACGCUCAGCGACCUGGUGUUGGAGUUCGAGGACUCGUACCGCCGCUACCAGCACACCCUGAAGAAGGUGAAGAUCGGCCUAUACGUGCCCCACGACCCGCACGUCUUCCAGCCUAUCGAGUGGAAGUACCUGGUGCUCAACGCUGCCCGUCUGGGGAGAGAGGACAUGAGGAAGGAGCUGGAGAAGCAUGGCCGAGACAUGAGGAUGAAGAUCCUGAAGUCGUCAAGUGCCCAGUCUCCCAUCAAAGAACGGAGCAGAGGCAAGUCUCUCUCCCCCCGCCGCCGACAGAGCAGCCCCCAAAGACGCCACAUCCACCGGAGAGACAAGUCUCCUGCGGCUCUGGAUCGAAAGCCUGCAGAACUCAGCACUUUGACCGACGGCUACCAGAUCCGCAUCUGAGACUCCUUGGAACUGGACUGCAUUCUCCUGGUCUCCACUCUGACCACCCAGUCCGCCUCACACACCCUCAAAUAUGUUCACCUGACAUUGUGUAUAUGAUAAUUAAAAGUAUUUCUAGGGUUUUGCCAGCCUCUUCUGUAGGGUGAAGAUGAUGACAUUGUGCUCAGUGCUAAACUGGAGGCGGACAUCCAGUAGGAACACAUACAUUGAAUAUAUCAAAGGUAUAUAUUUCCUGUCCUUCAUGACCAGACGAACAAAAGCCUGAACAAGAGGUGUGUUUCAUUAUACACCUCCACACAUGCAUUAGCCACAUUAUACAUUUGCAUACAUAUCUAUUAUGUUUUUAAUGAAGGACUGAUGCCUAAAUUGCAUGAAGACAUAUCAAGACCUCUCAUGCGUUUAGAGAAGUACAUAUGUUGGAUUCUCUACAUCGUUUUUAAAAAAUCAGUUUUUGUAUAGCCUGUGUGCUUUUGUGUAGGAGAGCAACAGUCACAUUUAAUUUCCUUUUACAAUGUGAAGAUUCAUUUUUAAAAACAGAGUCUGUGGGUUAAAAAAAUAGCCGACAGUAUGCUGACGUUAUGUAAAAAGGAUCAAAUAGUGUGACUGAUCAUCUAUUUUUUUUUCAAUAUAAUUAAUAUAUAGACUGAACGGUUGUUGUAAUGCCUAAAUCUGUAGAGGAUGUUAAGUAGUUAUCUGCUGGGCUGAGCUGUAGUCCGUGUGAUGAUGUGGGAAGUGAAAGGGUGAGGGGAGAAAGAGAGAGAAGAGUUGGAGGAAACAGGAGGUACUGUAGGCUUGAGGUGAGGGGAACAGAGAGGUGCCAAAGACCAGGGCAGUCAAGCAGAGAGCCUGCUGAGUACUCUGCUAAACCCCAGCCCUGACACUGACUCUCUGUUAGAUUAUCCCCCCUGUCUCUGUCUCUAUAGACCCUCUCUCACAGAUACAGUGCUGGGCCCGGUUUCCCAAAAGCAUUUUAAGGCUAAGUUCAACAUUAGAACCAUCGCUUAAGAUGCUUUUGGGAAACCUGGCCCGGAUCAAUUCAUCUUUUAAGGAAAUCAAAGCUUGUGACAAUGAUGCUUUGGAGCUUAGCCAGAACAUUAACUUUUUAAUCCCAAGAGAAUUUGACCGUGACGUGUUGCUUCAAAUGUCAACUCUGUUACACUUCAGCAUACAGACAUAUACGAAAACAUGUCUGAUAAUAUUAUGUAGCUCCUAACCUGAGGCCUUUCUGAAUCCUAUCACAGAAUCUUGAAGUUAAGAAUGCAAAUACUGAACUGAACACCACAAGACAGACACAUCAGUCAAAUCAAGGCUUCUAUGCCAUCUCAACUGCCAUGAUGCGGUGUUGAAGAUUGUUUCCAUUUUUUUUUGUAGUAUUCAAAAGUCAUCAGAUAUCCAGGAGGGUGCCAACUGAACAAUAUAACAUUUGAUAGCUUUUGGUUAAACAAGCUAUGCACAUCAAACGGAAAUGAUAAAUCAUUGUAUGUCUUCCUCAAUCUAAAUAGUUUCAAGAUUGCAGCAGAAUUGAAAUCCAGUCUCAUUUUCUUGAAUCCUGAACGAGCUGAGAACAUAUCAGUUCUUGUGUUUCUAAUUAACAUUUUUUAUUCUAACGAUCAAAUUGUGAAUGGUGCUGCUAGUCUGACAGUAUACCAUCAAGGCCAACACUAUUGGCACCAGCCGUCUGAAAGACUAUAAGCACAAAAUAACCAGCUUAAUAUACAUGGCCAAAAGUAUAUGUAUUGGUGAAUUUGGCUGUUUCAGUCACACCCGUUGCUGACAGGUGUAUAAAAUCGAGCACACGGCCAAGCAAUCUCCAUAGACAAACAUUGGCAGUAGAAUGGCCAAUACUGAAGAGCUCAGUGACUUCAAUGUGGCACUGUCAUAGGAUGCCACCUUUCCAACAAGACAGUUUAUCAAAUUUCUGCCGUGCUAGUGCUGCCCCGGUCAACUGUAAGUGCUGUUAUUGGGAAGUGGAAAUGUGCUGAAGCGCGUAGCACAUGAAAGUCGUCUGUCCUCGGUUGCAACACUCACUACCGAGUUCCAAACUGACUCUGGAAGAGGCAUACAGUAUACAAUGACAUUCUAGACGAUUCUGUGCUUCCAACUUUGUGGCAACAGUUUGGGGAAGCCCCUUUCCUGUUUCAGCAUGAAAAAGCACAAAGCGAGGUCCAUACAGAAAUGGUUUGUCGGUGUGGAAGAACUUAACUGGCCUACACAGAGCCCUGACCUCAACCCCAUCGAACACCUUGUGGAUGAAUUGGAACGCCGACUGCGAGCCAGGCCUAAUCGCCCAACAUCAGUGCCGACCUCACUAAUGCUCUUGUGGCUGAAUGGAAGCAAGUCCCCGCAGCAAUGUUCCAACAUCUGACGGAAAGCGUUCCCAGAAGAGUGGAGGCUGUUAUAGCAACAAAGGGGGACCAACCUCAUAGUAAUCGCCGUGAUUUUGGAAUGAGAUGUUUGACGAGCAGGUGUCCACAUACUUUUGGCCAUGUAGUGUAUGACUUUGGUUUUAAAAUCCUCUCUAGAAGCACAAUGUGCUUCACUUUUACACAAUACAAUCGUUUGUCUAAUCUAUACAGGCUAGGUUUAACAUUCUUACUGUUAAACACUGCCGUAAAAAAACAUUUUUUUUAAAGACGGGGCUCUUUUCAAUAUGCAUUGCGGAAGUUCAGCUUUACAGCGUGAUUGAAAUUUGAAGGCAAUGUCAGCUUUAGUGGAGACUGCAUUUACCGUACCCACUGCAUAUCUAACACUUCAGCUUUCCAGAUUGAUUAGAACCCUUACUGGGAGGAAAGACUGCUUUCACUGCUGCAAAUCUGGGACCUGAAAGAUAAUACUCUUAAGUGAUGUAGCUAAAUUAGAGUUGUGCUCUUAACUGUUUAGUGUUGAGAUAUAUUGUGUUGUGGCUGAGUUCUAUUGGUGAUUAUUCGCUGUUUCUUGAACACAUCUGUUACUGAGUGCAGUGUUUAAUCGUGCUGGUUGUUGUUUUUAUGACGUGGUGAAAACACUUUGUUGUGAUGAUGAUGAUGAUAUAUUCUUUGGACGAGGUGUGAUUUUUAAAGAAGCACACCACAUUGUAGCAGUAUCAUUUUUCAAAGGUCUUGCCAUGUUUGUGCUGUUUACCACUGAAUAGGCUUGAAAAAUGAAGUAUCAUCUAAUGGGAUAAUGGUUAAAGAAAAACAGUACCACUCAUGACUGUAGAUUUCUUUUAUCCAUUUUGUAUUUACCAAAUGGUGUUUAAAAAAAGAAAAGAAAAACAGAAUCAAGUUAUCUGAAUAACUGCACAAUAUGAGGAACCUAAACCAGCUACCACCACUAUAAUAUACCACCAACUACUGCAUUUAGUGGUUGAUAACUUGAAAGGCAAUGAUGUGCUGUUGGGACUAAGUGUUACUGAAUAUUUAGGUGUUUUCAAAGCACGAUGUGGACUGUGGAACUCUACCUUUGAGUCACCGCAAUUCAGCUUUUUAGAUGAGACUGUUUUUCCUGUAUUAACGUACGUUUCAUGAGGAGUGUUUUCUUGGCCUCUUCUCGUAAAUGGGAAUGUACUAGGACUCUGAGUGUUAAGAGUGUUCUCUUGGCCUCUUCUCGUAAAUGGGAAUGUACUAGGACUCUGAGUGUUAAGAGUGUUCUCUUGGCCUCUUCUCGUAAAUGGGAAUGUACUAGGACUCUGAGUGUUAAGAGUGUUCUCUUGGCCUCUUCUCGUAAAUGGGAAUGUACUAGGACUCUGAGUGUUAAGAGUGUUCUCUUGGCCUCUUCUCGUAAAUGGGAAUGUACUAUGACUCUGGGUGUUAAGAGUGUUUUCUUGGCCUCUUCUCGUAAAUGGGAAUGUACUAGGACUCCGGGUGUUAAGAGUGUUUUCUUGGCCUCUUCUCGUAAAUGGGAAUGUACUAGGACUCUGAGUGUUAAGAGUGUUCUCUUGGCCUCUUCUCGUAAAUGGGAAUGUACUAUGACUCUGGGUGUUAAGAGUGUUUUCUUGGCCUCUUCUCGUAAAUGGGAAUGUACUAGGACUCCGGGUGUUAAGAGUGUUCUCUUGGCCUCUUCUCGUAAAUGGGAAUGUACUAGGACUCCGGGUGUUAAGAGUGUUCUCUUGGCCUCUUCUCGUAAAUGGGAAUGUACUAGGACUCUGGGUGUUAAGAGUGUUUUCUUGGCCUCUUCUCGUAAAUGGGAAUGUACUAGGACUCUGGGUGUUAAGAGUGUUCUCUUGGCCUCUUCUCGUAAAUGGGAAUGUACUAGGACUCUGGGUGUUAAGAGUGUUCUCUUGGCCUCUUCUCGUAAAUGGGAAUGUACUAGGACUCCGGGUGUUAAGAGUGUUCUCUUGGCCUCUUCUCGUAAAUGGGAAUGUACUAGGACUCUGGGUGUUAAGAGUGUUCUCUUGGCCUCUUCUCGUAAAUGGGAAUGUACUAGGACUCCGGGUGGUAAGAGUGUUCUCUUGGCCUCUUCUCGUAAAUGGGAAUGUACUAGGACUCUGGGUGUUAAGAGUGUUUUCUUGGCCUCUUCUCGUAAAUGGGAAUGUACUAGGACUCCGGGUGUUAAGAGUGUUCUCUUGGCCUCUUCUCGUAAAUGGGAAUAUACUAUGACUCUGGGUGUUUAAAUGGGAAUGUACUAGGACUCCGGGUGUUAAGAGUGUUCUCUUGGCCUCUUCUCGUAAAUGGGAAUGUACUAGGACUCUGAGUGUUAAGAGUGUUCUCUUGGCCUCUUCUCGUAAAUGGGAAUGUACUAGGACUCUGGGUGUUAAGAGUGUCCUCUUGGCCUCUUCUCGUAAAUGGGAAUGUACUAGGACUCUGAGUGUUAAGAGUGUUCUCUUGGCCUCUUCUCGUAAAUGGGAAUGUACUAGGACUCUGAGUGUUAAGAGUGUUCUCUUGGCCUCUUCUCGUAAAUGGGAAUGUACUAGGACUCUGGGUGUUAAGAGUGCUCUCUUGGCCUCUUCUCGUAAAUGGGAAUGUACUAGGACUCUGAGUGUUAAGAGUGUUCUCUUGGCCUCUUCUCGUAAAUGGGAAUGUACUAGGACUCUGAGUGUUAAGAAUGUUCUCUUGGCCUCUUCUCGUAAAUGGGAAUGUACUAGGACUCUGAGUGUUAAGAGUGCUCUCUUGGCCUCUUCUCGUAAAUGGGAAUGUACUAGGACUCUGGGUGUUAAGAGUGCUCUCUUGGCCUCUUCUCGUAAAUGGGAAUGUACUAGGACUCUGGGUGUUAAGAGUGUUCUCUUGGCCUCUUCUCGUAAAUGGGAAUGUACUAGGACUCUGGGUGUUAAGAGUGUUCUCUUGGCCUCUUCUCGUAAAUGGGAAUGUACUAUGACUCUGGGUGUUUAAAUGGGAAUGUACUAGGACUCCGGGUGUUAAGAGUGUUCUCUUGGCCUCUUCUCGUAAAUGGGAAUGUACUAGGACUCUGAGUGUUAAGAGUGUUCUCUUGGCCUCUUCUCGUAAAUGGGAAUGUACUAGGACUCUGGGUGUUAAGAGUGUUCUCUUGGCCUCUUCUCGUAAAUGGGAAUGUACUAGGACUCUGGGUGUUAAGAGUGUUAUCUUGGCCUCUUCUCGUAAAUGGGAAUGUACUAGGACUCUGGGUGUUAAGAGUGUUCUUGUUUAUACUCAUGCCACUGGUGCUGCCAGUUGGCUGGUAUUAUUCUCAUAUCUUUCUGGAAAGGGCUGAUCUAUUUGUCCCAUUGGCUGAAAAGGAAAAGUAUUGAUGGUAGAUCAAUAGCAGAACAAAUGGUAGCAUUUCUUACAGCACCACUAUUCUAUUGAAAUGAGACUUUAGAAUCUGCCCCUGGUUUUCUCCAUGUAUGAUGAUGACAGGGUGAUUUUUGUAUUUUGACCACUGGUGGAAGAUAAUGUCCUCCCAACUCCUACUGUUACACUGAUCAGUUGACAAUGGUUUUUUAUCAACUCUACCAUGUGUUGUAAUAAAAAAUGAUUUAUGUUUCUA